GACUCAUUCUCAACUGCGUUUUUGGCAAGCGCGGUGAGUGAAGCUAUUCAAGUUCAUGUAUUAUUGUGAAGCUUUUUGACGUUGAUCAUUGAGUUUUCUCACUUGUCUUUCAAGAUCACCGCACUAGAGCCAACAUGAUGGAAAAACAGAGGAUAAAUCAAAGCUUUGCAUGCAAAACAGUCACUUAUUUCUUCUUUUUAAUAAAGCUAGUUGGAUAGGAAAAGAUUAGGUUUUGCUUUUCUUCUUCCAACGCUUUUGAUUCAGGUAUGGUUGCUCCCCAAUUCAGCACAUUUCCUUUCUUUUUCCUUGCAGGGUUUAUUCUUAUGCACUGACUAGCCUGGAAGAAGGCUAGUCCGUGCCAAAAUUUUGACAACCACGGCUUCAAUUGAGCUUUUGAGUCGACACCCCAUCAUUUGUUAUGGACACAGUGUUUCCAGUUGUAAGACUCUGCUGAGUUCCCUCUCUUGCCACGGUGGUCGAGGGGCUAGCCCCUCGGAAGGAGGACACCCUUCAGAUCUUACCUUUCUUGCUGGUGGUGGCCUUCUUCUCGGAGCACCAUAGUGGGGGUUUCAAUCUUAUUGGCUAAAGAUGCUGGCUAUUAAGCGAGUUCCUACAGUUGUAUCUGUGAACCAAGAUUGUGGUUCUGUCAGCCGUGACUGCCUUCAAAGCUGCUUUCUCACAGGAUUUGAUCUUCCUUUGUUUAAGUAUACGAAGAAGAUGAAGACAACUGAGCUGCAGCUGCUUGGGGAUGAAGAAGUUCCAUCGUCACCACCGACAAUUGAAAGAUCAUUUCUAGGCACAUUAUUAUUGUCCAAGUGGGAGGAGCGUGCAUCUCAGGGAUUAUUUCGAUACGAUGUUACAGCUUGUGAGUCUCGGGUCCUCUCUGGAAAUUAUGGAUUUAUUGCACAGCUCAACGAGGGUCGUCAUUUGAAAAAGCGACUAACAGAAUUUCGAGUGGAUCAAGUUCUUCAAGAAUUUGAUCCCAAAAAAUUCAACUUUUCUAAAGUUAAUCGCAACGAGGUACUAUUUCAAUUUGGAGAAGGUGAGGAAGCUGGGUAUUAUGAUAUUACUCCUAUCCUAUCAUCACCUGAUUUCGUGCUUAUAAACGUAAGUCCUAUUGAGUAUGGACAUGUUUUACUUGUACCUCGUCUUUUCGAUUUUGUUCCUCAACGACUCUGUGCAAAUGAUCUUUUAUUGGCUCUUUAUUUUACUGCGGAGGUGGAUUGUCCAUACUUUCGAGUUGGAUAUAAUAGUCUUGGUGCUUUUGCAACUAUAAAUCACCUUCACUUUCAGGCUUACUAUCUUGCAUACCCAUUUCCUGUGGAGUGUGCAUCUAUUACACGAAUUAACAAAGGGAGUCUUAAAUCUUCCUUGAGGAUAUCUGAAUUGGUUGAUUAUCCUGUUAAAGGAGUUGUUUAUGAAAGUAUGGAUCUAAACGAGAUUGCAAUAUCAGUUGCAAGUACGUGUCAGGAAUUGGAGCUCCGAAAUAUACCCUUCAAUCUAUUGAUAUGUGACUGUGGAACACGGGUCUUCUUAUUUCCACAGUGUUUUGCACGAAAGCAAGCGUUACACCAAGUCUCCCAGAAGGUUUUGGACACUCAAGUCAAUCCAGCGGCCUGGGAAAUUGGCGGGCAUAUUGUGCUGAAGAGGAAAGAAGACUACGAGCAUGCAACAGAAGAAUUCGUCACCGCUUUACUCGCUGAAGUUUCUCUUUCAGAUCCUGACUUUCAGGACGUGAAAAAUAUUAUAUGCAAAUAAUUUGUCUAUUAAUCUUGA